GCCGUUUCCGGCUCGCAGCUCUGAACCAACCCGAAAGCCCCCUCAUCACCAUUCCUCUUCCUCCCAUGGCCGCCUCCUUUACUCCUCCCCCACCCCCACCGCCUUCCCCCAGCCACAUUACGCCCACACCAGCCUCCAGAACGCCGGAACAAACGAGCCCUUCCUGGCGUCGCCGGAGGAAGAAGAAGGAGCGGGGAUGGGGCGUGGGAAGAUCGAGAUCAAGAGGAUCGAGAACCAGAGCAACCGCCAGGUGACCUUCUCCAAGCGCAAGAACGGGAUCCUCAAGAAGGCCAAGGAGAUCAGCGUGCUCUGCGACGCCGAGGUCGGCGUCGUCGUCUUCUCCAGCGCCGGCAAGCUCUACGACUUCUGCUCCCCAAAGACAUCGCUAUCAAGAAUCUUGGAGAAGUACCAGACCAACUCCGGGAAGAUACUGUGGGAUGAGAAACACAAGAGCCUCAGUGCGGAGAUUGAUCGAAUCAAGAAAGAAAAUGACAACAUGCAGAUCGAGCUCAGGCACUUGAAAGGCGAAGAUCUGAACUCACUGCAACCCAAAGAGUUGAUCAUGAUUGAGGAAGCACUUGAUAAUGGACUGACAGGCCUGCAUGAAAAACAGAUGGAGCACUACGACAGGCUGAUGAAAACUGGCAAGAUGCUAGAAGAUGAGAACAAGUUGCUCGCAUUUAAACUGCAUCAGCAAGAUAUUGCGCUGAACGGGAACAUGAGGGAGCUUGAGCUUGGUUACCAUCCGGACAGGGACUUUGCAGCCCAGAUGCCGAUCACGUUCCGCGUGCAGCCUAGCCACCCCAACCUGCAGGAGAACAGCUAGGCCGUUUAAUCUCCACUCCUAUUCCAUCAAAUGAUCUUAUCCACCACUGGCAUGUAUAUGCACCAUGAAAUUUGCCAAUUGUACCUCUCUUUUUAUGUCUGUUUGGAUAAACAACUGGACAUAUUAUAUCUGAAGUCGCUUGAUGUGUUGAUAUAGUGGGGCUCUAGAACACUAUUGUGGUUGCCGGUCUGCCCUCAUUGUAAGAUAGCAACAACUCUGGAAGUUUGUGUAGUACCAGUAACCUGCUACUGUAUCUGUAUGUUUGUGUAAUCGCCACAAUUGCCA